AUGAACCGCGUCGACUCAAGAACCGAAACGGCAGCCACCUCCACCAAUGCCUCACCUGGCAAACGCCUUGACGACGCCCGUAAGGAGAUCGACACGUCAAACACAGCGGCGACGCUAGGUGCAGUCGUCUCUUCUGCUGCGGUUACAGCGGCAGUAGGAAGCACAGCGGCAACGGGGAACACAGCGGCAAUGCCUGAGAUCCACGUGGCGUUGGCGUCUGGGGGAGGUAUGACACCGGGUGCGGUUGGGGAGGAGACGCCGUCGGAGGCGGCGUCGGAAUCGGCGUUGUCGAGUGGGUUACCGCGGACGCCUUCGAUUGGGUUGACACGGGUGCCGGUAGGUGGGGGCGUUCCGGAGGUUGUGCGUGAUUUACCGCGACCGAAUGCGUUUCUAUUUGUGAAUCCUACGUCUGGCGGGAAUGCGGCGGGAUGUUUUACAGCUCAGGCAAUCAAUGAGCAGUUGGUCGACGAGUUAGGUGGUGAUCGAGGUCCUGUGCGGUUACACGUGGCGGAUAUUCGCGAGGGUUCAUCGGGCAACAAGCCUAUGUUCCUGAAGCUGAAGAAGUUGGUUGAAGACCUAGUACUCGAGAAUCUGGAGGAACGUGUCACCGUGGUCAUGGCUGGCGGCGACGGUACUGUGCUAUGGGGCAUCUCCGAGAUCUGGGAACAUGGCAUAGAUGACAGCUACAUUGUAUUCGGAGUCAUUCCCUUUGGCACCGGCAAUGACUUCGCUAAGGCGCUCAAUUGGCAACCUUGCGUCAUCCAGAACCCCUUCACUUUUGGGUUACCUCAACUACGCACACUUGUAAGCAGCUGGUUGGAUAGCAAGGUUAUAUUACACGACAUAUGGGACCUACAAAUCAAGCUCCGAGAAGGAGGUUGUUUCAAAAAAAUUGACUCAAGCACUCGACAGAAAAUUGUCCUGAAAGAUAACGAUGGUCAAAGCUCCCUCAUCAUGCGGAAAAAACUUAAUAACUACUUCUCUCUCGGAGUCGAGUCACGUAUUGGCAUCGGUUUCGAUCGACAUCGCAAACAAAGCGCGUUCAGAAACAAGAUUGUGUAUGUGAAUGAAGGAGUUAAAAAGACGCUAUUCCAUAAACCUGUUGUGGUGUCGAAAAUGAUCAGGACAAUGAAAACAAACAACCCCUCCACUGGUAGACUUCAAACUGUCUUCAGUUCGGACCCCAUGAAUAUGACUCAACGUACAUUACGAAAGUGUGCGUCACUUAUUGCCAUUAACAUACCAUCGUUUGCAUCCGGAUUGGAUAUCUGGAAGAACGCUCAUAGAAUCGGUUUACGAGAUGCGGACAGCCGAGCGCUCACCAAAGAAGUAAAACGAUCCAUUACCUCCAUGAGGCGUGCACUCUCCAUGUCUAACACAAACACGGGCGACGCACUUGAUGAAACCUUCCCACAUACACCCGUUGCACCGGGAGUACCCGGAAGCAACGUAACACGUCAAAGGUCUAGACGUACCAAAUUGAAACGGUGCAUCUGCUGUGUGGGCUGUUCAUCUGCACCUCCUCAGGGUGACUUGGCCGAACUGGCCGAGGCUAAUCAGCAGAUGGGAGACGGCCAACUGGAAUGGGUCACCUUCGGAACAGUGACCUCACUAGGCACGGAACAAGUUCUUGAGGGAUUAGGUCGAAGAAUCCACCAAGGAGGAGGACCAUUCACUCUCGCAUUUCAUGAGAAUCUGGGAGACGAGGAUCGAGUAUACUACCAGAUCGAUGGAGAAUUCUAUAUAAUGACCAAACCACUAGAGUAA